GUCAAAGAUGGCGGCACACAUGUCAAGGCGAAUGCUGCUUAAAUAAUAUCUGCAAUUAUCCUGUUUUCUCUAUGUUAUGAGUCGCUAAAGUGGAUAAUUAAGUAUAGACUGCACUUUAUUACUCAUAUAUGACCACAAAAGGAACGAGGAGAUGGCAGUUUUGGGUGAAUUAAGUCGAAACGUGCGGUUAUUACUAGGUCAAAUUCAAAGGUGCGGGCAGAGUGGGUCUGCAAUAAACCAAUAUCUGAAAUCAGGUAAGAAACCACUGCUCCUCGUUGAUGCCAAAUGUGUUAUGUGUAAAUGAUCAUGUUUAUAAAAAUGUCAAUUGCGUUAGCAUGUUCUUAAUGCUGCUCUAGACACCACCAUGUUCUUGAUCCCCCUCCUCUCUCCAGUCCGUUGUAUGAGCCUGGCGGCGCCCCAGCUCCAGCCCACUGUAGAUGAUAAUGAAGCCGUGAACCCGACAUUUGUAAACAGAAACCCGCGGAACCUGGAGCAGAUGGCUCUAGCGGUGAAGGACAGGGGCUGGAGAACAACCUGGCCCUCCCAAAAGUUCUACCACAGGUGUGUCUCUCGCUCUGUGUGUUCAUACAUUGGAUAAAGAGAUUGACACUAGAAAGGCAGACAUACAGAUUGACACUCCUUUUAUAACCCCUUUUGUCUUUCCCCUACUCUUCUCCAUCUCUCUUCAUGCCCUUACCCCUUGCUUCUCCACCAAUCUCCUCACUUCUCUCCUCCUUCAGGUUGGUUUUCUCUCGCUCCCAGCACCACGUAACAGCUGAGGUGUUUGCCAAUGGUGAUCCUGUCCCUGUGCUGUCGUGUUCCACCAAAGAGUGGGCCCUGAAGCGUGAGCUGGGUUCUACCCGUUGUGUGGCAGCCAGUCAGGCUGUGGGCGAGGUGCUGGCACAGAGGUGUCGUCAAGCUGGCAUAACUAGGAUGGUGUACAGACACAUCCCCUGGCAGUACCGCUCGGAUGCUGUAAGUACUGGCGGCAGUGCGGGGGGUUGUGACAUCCCUUGACAGUACUGAUAGAAUGCUAUGAGUACAGAGACGUGUGUGUAACAUGCUUCAUGUUGUUCAGUGUUUGUUGAGUAGUUGGAAACAGCCAUGGUUAGGAAGAUACACAGCCAGAGCCCUAUACUAUGAAUCUGGUUUGAGGAGCUUUGGUCCACCUUUUAGCCAGGUCAAUUUAUAAUAAUAAUAAUAAUAUGCCAUUUAGCAGACUUCAAUUUCUACGGCAAUGAAUCCUUCAUAGCUAACCUGCUCCGGGGCAGGCUAACUCCAAUUAUCUUGAAUGAAGCGUUUGAUCCUUGAGUUGAGGACCAAUCAAAGUAUACUGAACAAAAAUAUAAACGCAACAUGCAACAAUUUCAAAGAUUUUACUGAGCUACAGUUCAUAUAAUGAAAUCAGUCAAUUGAAAUAAAUUCAUUAGGCCCUAAUCGAUGGAUUUCACAUGACUGGGAAUACAAAUAUGCAUCUGUUGGUCACAGAUACCUUUAAAAAAAAAAUUGGGGGCGUGGAUCAGAAAAGCAGUCAGUAUCUGGUGUGACCACAAUUUGCCCCAUGCAGCGCGAUACAUCUCCUUCGCAUAGAGUUGAUCAGUCUGUUGAUUGUGGCCUGUGGAAUGUUGUACCACUCCUCUUUAAUAGCUGUGCAAAGUUGCUGGAUAUUGGCGGGAACUGGAACACGCUGUUGUACACGUCGAUCCAGAGCAUCCCACACAUGCUCAAUGGGUGACAUGUCUGGUGAGUAUGCAGGCCAUGGAAGAACUGGGACAUUUUCAACUUCCAGGAAUUGUGUACAGAUCCUUGCGACAUGGGGCCGUGUAUUAUGCUGAAACAUGAGGUGAUGGUGGCAGAUUAAUGGCACGACAAUCUCUGUGCAAUCAAAUUGCCAUCGAUAAAAUGCAAUUGUGUUCGUUGUCUGUAGCUUAUGCCCAUACCAUAACCCCACCACCACAACAUUGACAUCAGUAAACUGCUCGCCCACACGACGCCAUACAUGUGGUCUGCGGUUGUAAGGCCAGUUGGACGUACUGCCAAAUUCUCUAAAACUACAUUGGAGGCGGCUUAUGGUAGAGAAAUUAACAUUCAAUUCUAUGGCAACAGCUCUGGUGGACAUUCCUGCAGUCAGCAUGCUAAUUGCACGCUCCCUCAACAUGAGACAUCUGUGGCAUUGUGUUGUGACAAAACUGCAAAUUUUAGUGGCCUUGUCCCCAGCACAAGGUGCACCUGUGUAAUGAUCAUGCUGUUUAAUCAGCUUCUUGAUAUGCCACACCUGUCAGGUGGAUGGGUUAUGUUGCCAAAGGAGAAAUGUUAACUAACAGGGAUGUAAACAAAUUUGUGCACAAAUUUGAGCGAAAUAAGCAUUUUGUGCAUAUGGAAAAUUUCUGGGAUCUUUUAUUUCCGCUCAUGAAACAUGGGACCAACACUUUACAUGUUGCGUUUAUAUUUUUGUUCAGUGUAGAUUCCCUCCCUCUCGCAAAGAUUGCGUCAUCAUCCGGAUCAUAUUUGAGGAAGACAACUGAUUAAAGGUGCAAUAUGCAGAAAUCGCUUAGCCAUUUUCUGGUAGCUAAAAUAAACUAUAAUGGAAAAUAUUGUAUUUUAAGCUGGUGUAAAAAACAAAAGUAAAAGACUCAAAAACGAAACUGAACAGGAAGCAUAGAAAUAACGCACAUAGAACAGAUCUACUGCUUCUAAGACUUGCUUUCAUUGAGAAUGACAGAUCUAUAGCUCAGAUGUCUAUGUGAAUUUGGUUGGGUUGCCCAGAAAGUUACAUAUUGCACCUUUAAAUAUUUUAUUAAUCAAAUGUGUUAAGAGUAAUAUUCAAAUACAUAUCAGGAUGCAUUUGAAACUUCAUGUGCAGUAAACAUUUCGUAUGACUUAAUAUAAUUGUUUUAUCGAUAGUGGGGGAAAAGGGACUCAUGCAUUGAUAAGCACACCAAAGACGACAUUUAAAUAAGACAGCACUUCAAUCAGCCCAUUUCACACCAUAGCCUGCUGAAUUUGCAGGUUAACUUUUUUCAUUUUGAUUUUGGCAAAAAUUAAAAUGUGGCACUAACUGGCCCAUGGAUUGAUGUUUCAGCAUUGUUCAAUGAAGAGUUUGGCGUUUGAGUAGCCAUGUGCGACAUGAAUGCACAGUUACAAGCCCGGCUAGAGUAAGCCGGCGGCAUGAUCAAUAUCCGUAACAUGGAUGAAGCCUGAGCUGGAAUGUGGCGCAAACUGAACCUAACUAAUUUCAGAAAAGCCUGAGUACAUCUAGCUCGAUUUGUAGUAUACCCCUCAGGUGUUGUGUGUUUCUUUUUCAGGUUCAGUCCUUCCGGACAGCAAUGAAAGAGGGAGGAGUCACCCUCAGUGAACCGCGGCAGAAAUUCAUCGGGAACUAAGUGCAAAGGCUCCUAAUAGCCUAUAAACAAAAUAUUCUCCCUUUGUUUGUGUUGACACAAAUGGCCCAUUUUCACACAAACAUUUUAUUUAUACAUCAGUGUGUAAUUCAAUAAAAAGGCAGACAAAUGAACAUGACA